AUGGCCAACGGAUCAAUGUCGUCCUCCCAAGCCCGCACCCCGUCCACCCCCACGAAGCUGUGCUCCAAGACCUACAAGAAAGCCUCCCAGCUUUACCUCACAAGGCGACUCCCCGAAGCGCUUGAGAGCCUCCAGCCAAUUAUCACACAAUCUGUAUCCAAAGACGACACAAAUAAUGCCGAUAACACAACACCGGUCGCGCCGAUCGCCACUGCCGCGGGCACGUGGAGGAUCAAGGUGUGGAACCUCUACAUUACUCUCCUCAGCGCAAUAGUCGACCUUGGCGCGGAGGAAGGGAAAAAGCAAUUUGGGUUGAAAGAGUGGAAGUCAAUUGCUUCGCAAGUCCGCGAUGGCGCAAUCUGGGAGACUGUGGUCGAGGUCGGGUACCAGGGCCGCGAGGGUUCGGUGGAUGCCGAAGUCGUCUACAACCUUGCUACUCUACUCCUUACACACACCUCCUCACAGUCCUUGAACCAACAGCGCCUGGAGACCUACCUCUCCUCAUACGGACAGCCGAAUCUCGAUAUAACAGAUCGCCUACAAGAUGCAUCCGAAGAUUUCCAACCCAUGCGCACGACAAGUGGUGCUGAUACACCGAAGGAUCUAACUGCCCGAGUUAAGAUCAUCGAGCUCUUCACCCUGCACGUCCUCCCCCGCAAUGACGAGUGGGAAUAUGCGACCGAGUUUAUCAAUCUGAGUGAAGUUCUCGACGAAGAACGUAAAGACCUCUUCCUACAGACUCUCGAGGGGCUGAAGGAAGAAAAGGAGCGAGGUGAAAUGCGCGCAGUCGAACUCCAGCGCGCGAAAGACGCAGAGCUCGAACGGCAACGAGACGAGGAGCGUCGCGAAGCCGAGGACGCGGCUGCGGCUGCGGCUGCGAAGGCACAAUCAAAUGGCCACAAGCGCAGUACCAGCGAGACCGACUUUGGGAUUGAGAAGAGUCGCGCGCAAGGUUCACCCAAGAGCAAAGGAAUUAAGGGGCCAGAUAAGUCAGCGAACGGCAAGCCGAGAACCUCGCUGUCUGGUGCCAAAAACAGCAAGAAGCAGGAUAAGGUUGAGCCGCGUGGGCGCCAAAGCCAGGCUGUGGCAACCGCCUUGCGCAAUCUUUUCCGCCAUAUUGUCCAGACUGUGUCUGGAAAUCCGAUGUCAUUACUGCGCACCCUCCUCUUUGUGAUAGGUAUCUUGAUGGCGGUGAGCCGACAAGAUGUGCGUGAACGAGUUCGGCGGGUGACUGAUGGUGCUUGGCAGAAGGUCAAGGCCACCGUCGGUAUGGGCGUCAAGGUGAGCUAUAUCUGA